UUUGGUUUACUCUUGUUAUAUGUAACAAAACAACCCCUCACUCACGCGUCUGUUCUCUUAUCUCCGUAUCUCCUUACAAUCAACCAGCCACCAAUCAACUGGAAUUUUAUUCUUAAAUCAUAUAAAAUUAACAUUUUAAUUUCUCCUCUGUUUAAUUCGAAUCAACUCUUUGUUUAUCGUACCUUGAAUUUAUCGGAGAAUAGAGAUUAAAAUCUAGAGUUUCGAAUUCGUAUUUGAUUAACGAAUCUGUCAUGGCGAACUCCAACAAGCAAAAUAUUGUUGACGAUCGUGAAGAUCAAUCUAGAGGCGACGACUACAUGGACACUUCAUCGGUUUCUUCGACAGGUGUUGAAACCUCCACCGUUGGAUCCCGUGAGAUUGGACUGACGGAGCGAUUGACCGACAUAUUUGUUGAAGAAGGAGACGAGGAUUUGUUGCUUCAACGGAGCGAUCGUGAGGAUAGGGUUUUGCAGUGGCUUCAGGCUCUCGAUAUGCAAGUUAUGGGAGCUUGUCGCGCCGAUGAGCGAUUGAAGCCUUUAUUAAAGUCUAAUGCUUCAAGCGGCGUCGCCGAGGAUCGUUUAUUGGCUCAUCUAAGUCAGCACUUUGAGCCGUCGGAAGUGUGUAUGUUAGCUAGGUGUUUUUGCAUACCACUUGUGUCAAUUCGAGUUGGGAAGGUAAACAAGCAAGGGAGCCUACUAUGCCCAACUUCAAUAAGAGGGAAUCUGAAUCUUACAAUCUUGCCAACAUCUGAUUUGCGACUCUCAUUUUUUGGAGAUGAUGGUCAUACAGAAAGACUGUUUACCCUGAGCAGCAAAUCUGAGUGCUCUGCUGUUGUAAUUGGUGAGAUCCCAGCCGACCAUUCUGGAAGAUCGUUUCUUAUGGAGAUCCCAGAUAGCAGAAUAUCAUACUUCUGGUGCUCAGAGAAGUCCAAGCUUUUGGGCAUUGAAUUGAUUUCAAAGAUGAAAGAUCUUAUCAAGAGGAAACCGACAAUUGCUGAAUUAACUGGAAUCAGUGAGUUGCGCCUGGGGUGUCUAGCAACUCACCUUCGUGCCUAUCUUGUGGGAUCAUCAUUGAGCAACACUCAAGCAAGUUGUACAAAUUCACUUUCUCCUUGUGGUUUAUCUGAUUUCUCGGAUUCAGUUCAAAAUUCUCAAUGCCAGUCCUCAUCCUCUAAGUCUUUGCGAUCUCGACACUCUAGCAGUCAAGCUGUAAAGACAAAUUCAAUUUAUCAGGGUAGCCUCAGUCCAAGAUCAAGUUCCUUUAAAGAGACUCUGUCCAGAAGCUUGUCCACUCUAAGAAGUGCUGCUGCCAGGGAAAAGUUAGGGCGCCGAGGUGGUGGCUAUCUGUCUGCUGUUGACAACUUGACAGCUUCUUCACCUGUUACUACUGAUGAAUCAUGUUGCAAUCAAUCUGAAACUGGCAAUAAUAUUUCUGAAGGCAGUAGUUUCCAAUUGUCACCCACUUGUCUUGAAUCACUUGGGAAAUUUUCUGUCCCUUCAACCUCAAGCCCAUUGACUGAAGUCUCAUCCACAGGUUCACCUCUUUUGUCUCCUUACUAUUGUUGGUGCCCUCUAGGUGUGUCAUCAUCGAUGCAACAUCCAGCAUUAUCUUCACAACUCCCAGCCUCAUCAAGUGAACAACCUUUACUCCCACCACUUUCAUCCUUGUUAUCAGCUAAUGGAUCUGCCAGUUUGUUGACACCAACUCCACCUCUGAGUCUUGCUGACAUUCCUUCUCUGGAUUUCCCAGCUUUCCUGCCAGAUCCGUUGGUUAGGUUGCAAGUGCCAAGUUCUCAGCAGAUACCAAUUUUCACACCUUUAAUGUGUGACCCAAUUGUUCACAUUCCAGUGAUUGAUGUUUGCUCGUCAGUUCAAGGCUACCUGGUGAGUGCUGGUCCUGGUAUAUCAACAACAAUUCCUCCAUUGCACCCAAAACUUGUGAACCCAUUACUUCCUGAGAGUGAGUCAGUGGUAGAGAAUGGUGCAAGAGAGACAUUGCGGCUGCUCAUUAGUGGCUCAAGCCAGACCAACCCUCCAUUGAUUGAUGUAUUGCCUGCUGUUCUAACUAAUGUUGAUGAGAACCAAAGCUUUCUUCUUGCUGGUAGCCGGGGUCUCUAUAGUGGAACCAGAGAUGUUGAUGCUAUCGGGAAAAGCAUUGCAUUGGUUUCAUUGUCUGGGAGUUUAACAACGGCAGAGAUGAAGCGUGAGAGCCUUGAUGACAAGGUGAAUGCAUUGCCAGAGGAUUCAAAUGUUGUUAGUUCUGCUGAAGAGAGUAGUAGCUAUAGGCCAAAUUUCAAUGAGGAAAGUAUAGAAUGAUAUUAGAAUAUCUUGCUGUUCGAUAUUUUUAUUAUGUUUGUUGAUGUGUGCGUGCUAUGUUCCCAAUUGUAGAUACUAGAUAUAUGGUUUCAGUUGUGACAUCUUGAAUUGUAAUUAGUUCAAAUCCAGCGCCUUACCACAGGACUAAAUUUUCUAUCA